AUGACGUUCGACUCGCGCUUUCGUGGCGCCUUCAUCGCGGCGCUCAGCGGCGAGGAGUCGGAGUUUGCGAGCCCACGCGUCCUGGGAGUUGCCCAGUGGGCUGCCAUUGUGGCGCUGAGCCUGCUCCUUGCGGCGCUGCUGCUUGCCUGGGGCCGCUGCUGUCAGAGGUGCUACAGAUGGGUUCCGCCUGAGCUUGGUUUGCCACAAAUUCCGCGCACCCGGGCCAGCCGCCAGGGCCACUUCUCACUACUGCCGAACGCUGCAGAUGGGGAUGCGAGCCUCCAGCAGCCUGGAAGCACACCCGCCCGCCUCAAGGCUAUUGCCCUUGCCGCUUUCUCCUACGCAUCCUUGGGCGUCGCCUGUUUCUGGGCCGCGCUGGGCGCAGGGCUGGCCCUGGAAGUUUUCCAAAAAGAGCAGGAUGGCGGGCUUCCUGCCCUGGCAGCCUUCGUUGCCUGCCUGGCGGUGGCGUGUCUGGCCCUGGCGGCCAUCGCGUCACUGCUUCUCACCUCCCUGAAGCACCUCCUGCGGCAGGAGGUCCAUGAAGCGGACCUCCGCAUGGGGAAAGUGGAUACUUGGAGGAUGGAUCCACUCUCCAAGGUGGAGGAGUGGCUGGCAGCUCAGGGCAAAGGUUUCCAGUCGAGGAUGGCGGAGGCCCUCUCCACACCCGUGGUCAUCACCCUCCAGGUGUUCAUGGAACGAGCCCUUUGCGUCUGGGACAUGGCUUCCGACAUCCUCGUGGCAAUCGCCUUGCUCGCACACCACCCCUGGUGGGCCGCCAUCACUGCAGGCAUUCUGUGCCUGCCAUACAUAGCCCUGAGCUGCCUGCUGGGCGUCGGCGGCAUGCGGGAGCUCCUGGCCCAGCUCUUCCCGUCCACCUGCGCUGAGUUGCCGCACGUUCCAUGCUGUUGCCUCGCCUUGCCUCUCUCCUUCGUAUUCAUCGACUUCACCUUCGUAUUUCAGCACAUCGCCUGGGAGCCGGCAUCGGCGAGGCUGUUCCACUAUUGGACCCUGCGGCAGCUUCUGGAAGUUUUCCUUGAGGCCAACCUGCAGACCGCGCUGCAAGGCUACAUCUUCUUCCGCCAGGAGAACUUCUUCAACGUGUUCCCGGCCUUGGAGAACACCUCCGUGAAUCCGGUGCUGCUGGCCGUGAGCCUAGCCUCUAGCGCCCGGGCAUCCGUGAACGGCUUGACGAAGCUCUCGAGCUUCGCCAGGUUGCAGACCCACGGCAGCAAAUGGGAGUUCUUCCAAGCCAUGCUUGUUGGUGGCGGAGGCCUGGCGCCUUCGCACCUCCUCCAGGAGCUUCGUCAGCGAGCCAACGUGGAGAUUUCGCAGGACUUAUCAGAGCUGUCCCUGGACGGUUUCACCUCCCUUUGCCUCGCCGCACGGGAGUCCGUGACCCUCCGCCGCCUGCGCAUGGAAUUGGCUUUCUUGGAGAAGUUUGCGGGGACUAAGAGUGUAGCUGUCAAAAAUGCUCUCAGAGACCUCUUCAAGAAUCGCCAGCUUCUCAGCGUCGAGCUGGACAAAGUUCCGGCCGCCUUCCGGGAGCGGGUGGCUGACCUAAUUCGCACGCACCCCUGCCUGGAGGAGGGCCCGGGAGCCCGAGGCCUCCGGGAGCUCCCCGCAGGAAUUCGAUUCUUUCUGCAGGGCGAGGCCGCGGAGCCCGGCUGCCCGCUGGCCGAGCUCCGAGCAGUUGAGGUGAACGGCCUCGGGUCCUUCCUAAUCGCAGCCGAAUCCGGAGCGGCCCGCGCUCUGCAGGUGCUGCUCCGCGAGGUUUUUUCCGCCGAGUCCGAGGCCGCUGCCGACGCGCUGCGACUUGCCGCAUUUGAGGGCCAGGCCUCCUGCGUGGAAGUUUUGCUGGUCGCCGGAGUCGACGCCAAUGCGAUCAAUCCGCAGAACGGCACUUUCCCGUUGCUGAUCGCAGCACAACUUGGCCACGUAUCUUGCGUGGAGCUGCUCCUGAAAGGGGGAGCCGAGGCUGCACAGGUGAAGUCGCAGAACGGCGCUUUCCCGCUGCUGAUGGCAGCAGAGAAUGGCCAUGCAUCUUGCGUGGAUCUGCUCCUGAAAGCGGGAGCCGAUGCUUGUCAGGUGGAUCCGCAGGACGGCGGUUUCCCGCUGCUGAUGGCAGCACAGCAUGGCCAUGCCUCUUGCGUGGAUCUGCUCCUGAAAGCGGGAGCCGAUGCUUGUCAGGUGGAUCCGCAGGACGGCGGUUUCCCGCUGCUGAUGGCAGCACAGAAUGGCCAUGCCUCUUGCGUGGAUCUGCUCCUGAAAGCGGGAGCCGAUGCUUGUCAGGUGGAUCCGCAGUACGGAGGUUUCCCGCUGCUGAUGGCAGCACAGAAUGGCCAUGCCUCUUGCGUGGAGCUUCUGCUGAGAGCUGCCAUGUUCUCGCCGGAGCAGCUGCAGAAAGCGGCUGCAAAAGCAGAGGAGCGCGGCCACGCAGAGCUCGCCGAGCGACUUCGUUCGCUGUGUGGUGCUGCAUCACCGCCGAAGCUUCGGCUCACCUAA